GCCACACCGGACAACGGUGUCAUUCGCAUGUGAACAUCUGGCGGGUACGAUCUGUCUCCACUGACCUACCAUCAUCACGACCAAGUUUACAAACCCUACGGAAUGGUUGCGAAAGGAAGUUUGCGAUGGCCACUGAUGGCGGCCAUUGUGUGCUGUGCUGUGUGUCAAGUUUACGUGGCGGCGGGACCGUUGCCCGGGGAACAUCCACCACCGCCGCCCAACGAUGGUGGCGAGUCGUCUUCGUCCGAGGAGGACGAUAAAGGCUAUCCGCUCAACUCUCUGUACAGUCCGGUCGAGUAUGGUGCUACGAUCGACAGUGAGGAGGCUACACUGAUGGGCACGAACAGCUCACAAAACACCACCAAGGAACUAUACGUGAUAAAGGCGGUCGUUUACGAGAUCGGAAUACUGGCCGACGUUCCGGACAACGAAACGCUCGAGGGCGAUGAACCAAUCACCCACCAGCAGGUCGAUCUUUCCUUCUUCAGUCACGGUGGCAAUGACACGCAUCUCAACCUGGGCGACAUUCCCGUCCCGAUACAAACCAGCGUCCAGGGGCAGGUGUUUACGGGCAUUGCACCGGUGCACGUCGGCACGGUACCGACCAAUCUGAGCGAGCUCCUGUCGGCGCUACCGAUUGCCGGCACGGUGGUGAACAUUUCGCAAACGAACAGCUCGUACGUGGAGGUACACAAGCACAACAUUAGCGAUGCGGCCGUGCUGCUCGGGGGCAAUCAGCAGGACCUGAACGGCUUACCGUUCGGCAGCUCGGUCAGCGAGCCGCUCGUGCCGGCGAGCGUUGAUGAGACGGUAAUCGGACUGACGACCAAAGCGAAACAACCGCCGGCGGCCCCCAGUGCGGACGGUGGGAAGGAGCAUGAGUGAAGCAUGGGGGGGGGGAUCGGGUGGAGCUUUAGCCGUAAGCUUGUGUUUAAUGUUGUAUAAAGCGCGAGAGGGAGGUUAUGAAAUAUAAUUUUACCUGAUUUGUA